ACUGCGUGCGUGCAGGUGGAGGAUGAGGUCCAGACGCUGUCUCAGGUUCUGGCGGUGAAGGAGAGACAGCUGGCCGACAUCAAGAGGAAGUUGGGGGUGACGCCCUUCAACGAGCUCAAGCAGAACUUCAGCAAAACCUGGCAGGAGGUCACCACCUCGUCGGCGUACAAAAGGACAUCGGAGACGCUGUCGCACGCCGGCUGGAAGGCCACGGCGGCUUUCUCCACCAUGAGCUCGGCCCUCAGCCGCAAGCUGGAAGACGUCAGGUGAGCUAACGAGCAAACGCCGCGU